GUGUCACAAACAUAUGGGAGCAGCGCAUGUGACUUAAUUGAAUUCUAUUAGGUAUUUAAAUUCUGUUUCUGCCUUAUUUUGUCAGACAUCCAUGCUCCAAAUGAAUUCAGCCAUGUGGAUAGGAAUUCUGUUUAUCUCUUUUCUUGUUCAGAUAACAGCAGCAGCUCCCAGGCCACACUUCCUAGCAAUAUUUCCAAGAGAAAUACCAGCAGAUGGUGAUACAAAAGCCUGCAUCCACCUCAACUACCUGAAUGAAUCCCUCCAUCUGACUUGCACUUUGCAGACAAAGACAGAUAACAUCACACUGCUUAAGGAGUUUGUCACAGACACUUACUGGCACAGAUGCAUCAGUUUCCAGAAUAGUACAUUGGAUGCUGCUGCAGUUGGAGAGGCCAAACUGACAGUGAAUGGAAAAGGUCCCACUUACAUGUUUGAAAAUACAAAAAAAGUUUAUAUAACACAACACCUGUCAGAUGGCACAUUUCUGCACACUGAGAAGUCAGUCUACAAACCUAACCUGGAUGGUAAAUCAGAAAUGCUGCCAGAUACUGACCUAGAGAUUAAACUUCCUCGUGCUGUCAGUAUAAUGGACAAGGAAUUUAUACUAUCUGUAUGUGGAAGAUCCACACAUGGGAAACCUGUCCUUGGAACUAUCCUUGUCAGUGUUUGCCGGGAAAGUCAGUAUUACUGGAACAAUAUGCAUAGUUCUGAGCUGUCUAAAAGUUACUGCAAAGAGUUAAAUAGAACUACAAACUCCAGUGGAUGUUUUUCAGAAGUGAUAGACACUAAUUAUUUUCACCUGAGGACCCCUGUGUUUGAAAUGGAGUUCAAAGUUUUUGCCAAGCUGAUUGAGGAUGGCACAGGUCAGGAAACUAUGCGCUCUGCAGCAGUUCCAAUUAGAAAUGUUAAAGCAAAAGUGGCAUUUAAAGAUUUACAAGGUGAUUAUAAAAGAGGACUUCCUUACAGAGGACAGAUCUAUGUAGAAGAUUUGACUGGCUCUCCAAUGACGCAUACAAUUAUUGUACUUAAAUAUGAUAACAAGGAGGAAAUGCUUUUAACAGAUGGAAGGGGUGAAGCCAAUUUUUCUCUCAAUACCUCAACAUGGAAUGAUGAUGAGAUCCAUAUAUCUGCCUUCGUAAGGAAUUGUACGUCUCCUCAUUCCAGCAGGAUAAACAAAUUAAUUAGUGUCACCUGCGAACACCAAGAGCACAAACUUAUAGCUUUGCAUUCAAAAAGCAGCAGUUAUCUGCACAUGCACGUAAGGCCUAUACCUGAAAUGGAGUGUCAUGCCGGCUUGAAGAUGGAUGUGGAAUACAUCAUCACGAAGAAGGCACUAGAAGGCAACCCAGAAACCUUAGUCUUGUCCUAUUUGGUUAUGUCAAAUAGAAGAAGAAUUGUUCUAGGAGGAAGCAUACGAAGAAAUAUAAGUACAAAUGGUGGAUUAUUUUCCUUUACUGUACCCAGAGCAGCUGAACCUGUCCCGGAGGGUAUGAUAUUACUGUAUGUUGUCCUUCCCAAUGGGGAACUUAUUGCAGACACCCUGGAAAUCAACCUGUCAGCAUGCUUAGAAAACAAGGUAUAUCAAAUGGACCGAAAAGAAGCAACUGAUGAUGUUCAUUAUUUUAAAAAGGACCCUCCCCCAUGUAUUCCACCAAAUCCAGAACAAGUUCAGAACCGUAUAUAUACUCAAGGACCACCUAGAAAAUUUAAUGAACUCGAUGCCUACAAAUUUAUCUGGGAUCUGGGGUUACAUGUUUCAUCCGAUACUACCAUGAGAAAACCAGUUCCUUGCAGGCUAUACAUUAGAAAUCAAGAAAAUGAUCGCCUUAGCGAAACUAACGGGAAUUGUGCCGGACACUGUCUAUCUAACUGUAGACCUCCAACAGACUGGAAGCAGUUCCAUAAGUCUUCGUACUUCUUUUCGUCUUGCAUGUUAAACUGGGAAGACAGCAGAGAAUUUUGUGUAGCACACGGCGCAGAUUUGGUAGUGAUAAAUCAUGUGGAAGAACAGAAUUUCAUAGCAAAUAACACUGCACAAAUCUACUGGAUUGGCCUGACAGAUGAAGAUGAGGAAGGCAGGUGGUACUGGAUAGAUGGAACAAGUCACAACACCACCUUUGGAUUUUGGUGUGAAGGUGAACCUAAUAAUGUGACAUAUUCGAAUCCUAAAGGUGAAGACUGCGCCCUUAUUUGGACUAACCAUGCUUGUCCAAAGACAUGGAAUGAUGAUAGUUGCCUCAAAAACAACUUUUUUAUUUGCGAAAAAGAAAAUCAUAUAUAACAUUGCAUUAAUUUAGUUUACUGAUUUUUUUGUGCAUAAGGAAAUGAAUUAAAUCAAGCCAAAAAUAAAGGUACAUAAGAUGUAAUAGAAAUCUA